AUGCCUCCGAUGAACACCGGCGCAACACCGACAAGUGCCUUCUUACCCUUCGGACGUUCUCAUGCUCCUUUCCUUCGUCAUCCACUCGCUCCUUGUCAUAAACACCAUCAUCGCGGAUUGCUCGAUCCUGAAAUCGCUCACGAUUCUUUCCUCGCGAAUAGACCAGCGAUCGACACGAUGACGGAAAAGACCGGGGCCAUCCAGUAUCCAACCGACGGCGAUCCGUUGGUUGCCCUUCACCUUCCUUCUUACGUCGACGACCGCGCACCCGGCAGCUACUUCCCCAAUCCACCCGCCGAUGGGCCCUCACCCUUCAUGACUUGGUCCUACGUCAUCCGCAUCCUCUCCCACGGCGAUCUCGACCAGCUUUUCCGCGACCCGGUCUGCGACACCGCCUACCGAGCGUUCGCCCCUGGAGCGAGGGCCAAAUACAAUGGAAUCGAAAACUACAUUCGCACAGUACGCCUCGGAUGGCCCGCCGAAGAACUCACCGGUCCCGUUGGGCCGAACAUGCUGGAUCGACCCGCCAAAGAUCCGCUCGCCAUCCUCGGCUCUGCUUCGGGCGUCAGCACUCCCAACGGAACACGAUUGCCCGUGGAAGCUGUCAAGGAGACGUGGCCGGAGAAGGUGCUGCCUCAUCCGCUGCGCACGGGAGUUGUGUUGAGGCACUUCGUCGAUGAUGCGGACACGGACGGCGAAGCUGGCGAGAGCCUGGUCAAGACGAUCCCGAACGACUGGCCGUAUGGCAUUCCCGCAGGAAGCAGUCACUGGGUUAUCUGGUCCAAACUGCCCAUCCUGCACCCGUCCUUGUUCUCCACCGCGGACACGCCCUUCGACGAACCGCCCAGGGAAGACCUCUACAACUGCGUCACAGGGGACGGCAUCCGUGGUUUCACCGGCUUCGUUCCCGAAGGCCCCACCUACCCAUCGGCGUCAUCCGACAACCAAAUCCCCGAGAUCCUCGGAAGGUACUCGCAAUCCAAGCUCGACGAACAGGACGAUCAGGUGCAGCCAUCUGCCGGGAAAGCAGGUCUGUCGAAGCAGCUCAUCAGUCAGGCACACGCAUGGGCAUCCAGACACGUCACAAGGUACAUCGAGAAGCAGUGGCCGACGGACAAGUUUGUCACCGCUUGGUUCUGCAACCCUCCAGCAUUGCGGACGGUUCCCGGUCUGAGCCACUUCCACGUGGUGGUGCGGGAGAAGUCUGCGACCACCUCUGAGGCUGUAGCUGCAUGA